AUGUUGAACCAUCAAGUUGCUGGUGCUUCCUCCUCUCAUGCUAUUGUUCUAGAUGACGAGAAAAAUGUUGUGCUAAUGGAUCAUGAUGAAGAGAUGAGGAGGUUUUUGGUUCCUAGAACAAGUAUUGAGAAAGUAAAUGUUAAGCAACCGGAAGCCGGAGUAGAAGAAACAUCCCCUAAUGUGGCCAAUGAGUUUAAUCCAAAUGAUAUUGUGCGUGAUCCAGGAUGUAGGAAACAAAUUCAUGAGUAUGCUCCGAAUAUUCAAGACCAAGUGAGGAGGGCAUAUAUAUUGAAGGGUCCAACACAACCAGAUUUAGAAAGAUUUCCUCGUACUCAAUUUGGGAAGUCUUCAAGAGCAUUUUGUAAAGCAUGGUAUAAGAAUUAUACAUGGAUUGAAUACAGUGAGUCGAAGGAUGUAACUUAUUGUUUCUAUUGCUUUCUCUUUAAGCCUCCCGGGAGGGCCGAACACUUUGGUUAUGAAGUCUUCAACAAAGAUGGAUUUAAAGAUUGGAAGCAUGCAACUAAAGGCUUUAAAGAUCAUAUUGGUAGUCAUGAUAGUAAGCACAACUCAUGUAUGAAACACUAUGACGAUUAUAAUAAUCAAAGAAAAAGUGUGACAAGUAUCUUUGCUAGAGCAACUAGGGAAUCAGAAGAAUUGUAUAAGAUCCGUUAA